ACCACUAAACCAAAAACCAAGUGUUUCCCCCCCUCUUUCACUCCCUCCCACCACGAAGCUUGUGGAGGUGGAGCCAGCACAGCACCGAAAUGGUACCACUCUCCUACGCGCCACCGCUACCGCCGCCGCAGUCGCGACCGAACCCCAGCCCUAGCCACAAGCCCAAGCCCCAGCCGUGCGUGCUUCUCUUCCCCGCCGCCCUCCGCACGGCGGCCGCGGCGGCCGCCAUCUCCUUCUCCCUCCUCGCGGGCAACGCCGCGGCUGUGGCGCCGGUGGAGCAGCCCCCGGAGAUAUGCCGCGGCCAGGACGACGGGAGGGAGGUGGAGGUGAAGGCCGAGGCGGUGACGAACGAGCAGCUCGUGGAGGAGGCGUGGGAGGUGGUCAACGAGGGCUUCCUCCCCGACGCCGGCAGCCGCCCAUGGUCACCGGAGCUGUGGAUGCAACGGAAGCAAGAUAUUCUUCAAGGCUCAAUCAAAUCCCGCUCUAGAGCCCACGACAUCAUCACGAAAAUGCUAGCUAGCCUGGGUGAUCCAUAUACAAGAUUCCUGUCGUCCUCAGAUUUCUCAAAGAUGUCAAAGUAUGACAUGACUGGUAUUGGGUUGAACUUACGAGAGAUUCCUGAUGACAAUGGUUCUUUAAGAUUGGUGGUAUUAGGACUGAUACUAGAUGGGCCUGCUCACUCUGCUGGUGUUAGACAGGGUGAUGAGCUUAUGUCUGUCAAUGGUAUCGAUGUAAGAGGUAAAUCUGCAUUUGACGUGUCAUCGAUGCUGCAAGGCCCAAAGGAAACUUUUGUUACAAUUAAGGUUAAGCAUGGCAACUGUGGUCCUGUUGAGUCAAUGAAAGUGCAAAGACAGAUGGCUGCUCGCACUCCAAUUUUCUAUCGUUUGGAGAAAAGAGACAAUGAGAAUUCAUCUGUCGGAUAUAUUCACAUUAAAGAGUUCAAUGCAGUGGCCAAAAAAGAUUUGGUCAGCGCACUGAAACGUCUACAGAAUUCAGGUGCCUCCUAUUUUGUUUUGGACCUGAGGGACAAUCUUGGUGGACUAGUGCAAGCUGGAAUAGAGAUUGCAAAGCUCUUCUUGAACAAAGGAGACACGGUCAUUUAUACUACUGGCCGGGAUCGUCAAGUCCAAAAUACAAUUGUUACUGACAGUGGACCUUUGGUUACAACUCCUGUGAUGGUACUGGUGAACAAUAGGACAGCGAGUGCCAGCGAAAUAGUUGCUUCAGCACUUCAUGACAAUUGCAAAGCCGUUCUUGUCGGCGAAAGGACUUUUGGCAAGGGCUUAAUCCAGUCUGUAUUUGAACUUCAUGAUGGUUCUGGUAUUGUCGUCACAGUUGGCAAAUAUGUCACGCCAAAUCACAAAGACAUCAAUGGAGAUGGAAUAGAACCAGACUACCGCCGUCUUCCUGAUCUCAAUGAAGCCAGAGAUUAUCUUAUGCGUUGCCAAAGCAAGAAAUUAAAUUGAGGUGAAGUGCUUCAUUACAAAGCUUCUUACGCAGGAUUCACACACUGGCUAUUCAUAAGUUUUGGAGCCACAUGUGCUCACACUGGCCUUGCACUGCGCAGAAAUACUGGCCUGGCCUAUGAUUCUCCACUUGGUGUUUAUGAUAUGUUUCCAUCUCAUAAAAUGUCUCUUUUGACUUGCAAGCUACUGAGUAUGGACCUAAUGGUCAAAUGUACUCCCUCCGUAAACUAAUAUAAGAGCAUUUAGAUCAGUAUUUUAGUUAUCUAAACGCUCUUAUAUUAGUUUAUAUGGAACGGAGGUUAUGCCCGGGAGAAUUGUACAGCGAAGAAUGAACUCUCCCUGGUGAGGCGAGACCACAAGCUCUACAUCGAAGCAUUAAUGUAGGCUUCUGCAGAAAUCAGAGUGAGCAUGUCCUUGCAUUCUCACCGGUUCCGCAGCUCGGUAGAGAAAGGAAAGGAGAGAGCCCUUGGAUUGCAUUGGCUUCUGCUGAAUAUACCCAGCACCAGUAUGUAAAUAACCUGUGAUCCGUGUGCAACCAGUGGCAUUCGUUAUAUAAAGAAGUCCAACAGUAGCUCUAAUCCAA